AUGCUGUCAAUACUACGCAAAGCCCGUCUGAAGGACAAGGAGAUGAGAAUUCUGAUGCUCGGACUCGAUAAUGCAGGCAAGACAACUAUUGUCAAGAGAAUUAUGAAUGAGGAUGUCACCACAGUCAGCCCAACACUGGGAUUCAUUAUUAAGACAAUUGAUUUUAUGGGAUACAAGCUCAAUAUCUGGGACGUGGGAGGUCAAAAAACACUUCGUUCCUAUUGGAAAAAUUAUUUUGAAAAGACAGACACAUUAGUCUGGGUUGUUGAUGCGACAGAUCAUCUCCGAGUGGAUGAUUGUCGUGAGGAGCUAGCUGGUCUACUCCAGGAGGAGAGACUCAUGGGAGCAAGUCUCCUGGUUUUCUUAAACAAAACGGAUGUUGAGAAUUGUAUGACAGAGCAAGAAGUGCGCGAGCGCCUGGGCUUGGAUUUAAUCAAAACCCAUAAAUGGACAAUUCUACCAUGUAGCGCAAUGACUGGAAAUAAUCUGAAUGAUGGGUUGGAAUGGGUAAUACAAGAUGCCAAAGACCGACUUUUCCUAUAUUAG